AAGUUGUGACUUGUGCAACCACUUGUAAUUAGCUACAGACUGCUGAGCUGUCAAAAUGGGUUCAUUAUUCCGUAGCGAGGAGAUGGCGCUCUGUCAGCUCUUCCUACAGAGCGAAGCGGCCUAUGCCUGCGUCUCGGAGCUCGGCGAGCUGGGACUGGUCCAGUUUCGUGAUCUCAACCCGGACGUGAAUGCAUUUCAACGUAAAUUUGUGAAUGAGGUGCGCCGUUGCGAUGAGAUGGAGCGCAAAUUGCGCUACUUGGAGAAGGAGAUCAAGAAGGAUGGCAUACCCAUGCUGGACACCGGCGAGAGUCCCGAAGCACCACAGCCACGCGAGAUGAUUGACUUGGAGGCCACCUUUGAGAAACUUGAGAACGAGCUGCGUGAGGUCAACCAAAAUGCGGAAGCAUUGAAACGCAACUUUCUGGAGCUGACCGAGCUGAAGCAUAUACUGCGCAAGACGCAGGUCUUCUUCGAUGAGUCGGUGCCAAUGGUUUACAAAUCUUCCACACAUUCAUCAAAACAAUAUCGACGCUAUCUGCAGAUGGCCGACAACCAGAACGAGGAUGAGCAAGCGCAGCUGUUGGGCGAGGAGGGCGUGCGCGCCAAUCAGCCUGGCCAAAAUUUGAAGCUUGGCUUUGUGGCCGGCGUCAUUUUGCGGGAGAAGCUGCCGGCCUUUGAGCGCAUGCUGUGGCGCGCCUGCCGCGGCAAUGUAUUUCUGCGCCAGGCCAUGAUUGAGUCGCCGCUAGAAGAUCCCACCAAUGGCGAUCAGGUGUACAAGUCGGUGUUCAUCAUUUUCUUUCAAGGCGAUCAGCUAAAAACGCGCGUAAAGAAGAUCUGCGAGGGUUUCCGCGCGACGCUCUAUCCUUGCCCUGAGGCGCCAGCCGAUCGUCGUGAAAUGGCCAUGGGUGUCAUGACACGCAUUGAGGAUCUGAAUACGGUGCUCGGCCAGACGCAGGAUCAUCGUCAUCGUGUCCUGGUUGCAGCAGCCAAAAAUCUGAAGAACUGGUUCGUCAAGGUGCGCAAAAUUAAGGCCAUUUAUCAUACGCUGAAUCUUUUCAAUCUGGACGUGACUCAGAAGUGUCUGAUUGCUGAGUGCUGGGUGCCGCUGCUCGACAUUGAGACCAUUCAGCUGGCGCUGCGACGUGGCACUGAGCGUUCGGGUUCAUCGGUGCCGCCAAUUCUGAAUCGGAUGCAGACAUUCGAGAAUCCGCCCACAUAUAAUCGCACCAACAAGUUUACCAAGGCCUUUCAGGCGCUAAUCGAUGCAUACGGUGUAGCCAGCUAUCGGGAAAUGAAUCCGGCACCCUAUACCAUCAUUACCUUUCCAUUUCUGUUCGCGGUCAUGUUUGGCGAUUUGGGCCACGGAGCCAUAAUGGCUCUAUUUGGCCUCUGGAUGAUACGCAAGGAGAAGGGCUUGGCUGCCCAGAAAACGGACAAUGAAAUUUGGAACAUUUUCUUUGCCGGUCGCUACAUCAUUUUCCUGAUGGGCGCCUUUUCCAUGUAUACGGGCCUCAUCUACAAUGACAUUUUCUCCAAGUCGCUUAACAUAUUCGGCUCGCAUUGGCAUCUGUCGUAUAAUAAGUCGACAGUUUGGAAUAACAACUUUUUACAGUUGAGUCCAGCUACCAGCGAUUACGAGGGGACACCAUAUCCGUUUGGCUUGGAUCCCAUUUGGCAGGUGGCCACAUCCAAUAAGAUCGUCUUUCAAAAUGCCUACAAAAUGAAGAUAUCCAUUAUAUUUGGGGUAUUGCACAUGAUCUUUGGCGUCAUCAUGAGCUGGCACAAUCAUACAUAUUUCCGUAAUCGCCUGUCGCUGAUCUACGAGUUCAUUCCACAGCUGGUGUUCUUGCUGGUGCUCUUCUUCUACAUGGUACUGCUUAUGUUUAUCAAAUGGAAUCGUUACGGGGCUACCAACACAUUCCCCAUGACGGAGGCAUGUGCGCCAUCAAUUCUAAUUACAUUCAUCGAUAUGGUUCUGUUUAAGACUUCUAAGCCGCCGGGAAAAAACUGCGAAGUCUAUAUGUUUUGGGGACAACCAUUUUUCCAGACUGUUUUUGUAUUGAUCGCUCUCGCCUGUAUUCCGGUCAUGCUGCUAGGCAAGCCCAUCAAGAUUAUGCAGGCGCGUAAGCUGGCCAACGUACAGCCCAUAACUGGCGGCUCAUCUGAUGCUGAAGUCGGCGGCAUGUCGAAUGGUGGAGGCGGCGGACACCAUGACGAGGAGGAGAUGUCAGAGAUAUUCAUACACCAGGGCAUACACACGAUUGAAUAUGUGCUGGGUUCCGUAUCGCACACUGCAUCGUAUUUGCGUUUGUGGGCUCUCUCCUUGGCACAUGCCCAACUUGCCGAGGUCUUGUGGACAAUGGUUUUGUCUCUGGGCUUAAACAAGGAGGGCUGGCUUGGCGGCAUCUUUUUGACCGUUGUGUUUGCCUUCUGGGCUGUUUUGACCGUGGGCAUUUUAGUUUUAAUGGAGGGUCUUUCCGCAUUUCUGCAUACGCUGCGUCUGCACUGGGUGGAGUUCCAGAGCAAAUUCUAUAUGGGUCAGGGCUAUGCCUUUGCGCCCUUUUCGUUUGAGAGCAUCAUUGAAAAUGGUAGCGCAGUCGCCGGUGAGACCGAAUAGACGGUCGACGAGAUAUGAACAGCAACCAAAGCAUGUAGAGAGUCUCAUCGCUUAUGCAGUUAAAUAAGUACAUAUAAUAUGCCAAUCUAAUGGAAUUUAAUAGAAAUCUACUUAUUAAUCGUUCUAUUUAUAUAAUUAAUAAUCGUGAAUUUAUGCAACGUAUAGCCCUAUUACAUUGUCUAACGUUCUUCAUAGUCGUUUAUCGUGUUUACUCAUUAAUAUAAAUAUAUAUAUAUCUAAAGCGCCCGCUGCAGGCGUCAGCGCCAAAACAAAAA